CAGGCAUCGGGCCCCCCUGGGGAGCGGCGGGCCCGUCGACCCCCUUGGGGGAGCGUCAGGCAUUGGGCCCUCCAGCGGAGCCCUGGGGGCGCCGGACCCCCAGGCGGAGCGACAGGUCUCGGGCCCCCUCAGGGGAGCGGCGGGCCGCCGGACCCCCAGGUGGAGCGACAGGUCUCGGGCCCUCAGGCGGAGCGGCGGGCGCCGACCCCCAGGCGGAGCCGGCGGGCGCCGGACCCCUGGGGGGAAGUGGACAGGUCUCGGGCCCUCAGGGGGUUUAGCGGGCGCCCGUCGCCGGACCCCCAGGCGGAGCGACAGGUCCUCGGGCCCCCCGCCCGAAGGGCCGGGACCGAGCUCACCAGCACGACAGUGGGCUCCGAGUCAACUGGCAUGACCCGCUGGCACUGGGGGUCAGAAAUUGGAUCGUCCUGGCUGGACAGGGGCAUCGGGUCACCAGGCAUCAGGUCAUUUGGCUCG